ACCACCUCGUGGAUCUUUUCGCUAAAUAAAGUAAAGGGACCUACUACACCAUAACUCAUACUUCUAGAGCCGAAACACAUCACCUAAGUGGAGAUGUUCCCCACUAAUUAUUCGACGCUUCAGCUCAAGCCAGAUACUGUUCGCCUAGCCCGUCUUUUGCCGCCCGAGAAAAAUGAUAUCCAGAUAAAAUGCGAGCUCUUCAACUAUAGUCUACCAGAAAGGAGCGACAGGAAGCAUCCCUACGAGGCGCUGUCCUAUGUAUGGGGCAGCGAAAUGAAACCUAAUACAAUAAUUCUUAACGGAAGUGCCUUUUCUAUUACGCAGAACCUCUACACAGCCUUGACUUAUCUCCGACAUCCUCAGCUGGAGAGAACAAUAUGGGUCGAUGCGAUAUGUAUCAAUCAAGAUGAUGAUGAUGAGAAGAGCAUACAGAUCCCACUUAUGCGGGCGAUUUAUGCACAAGCUAAUCGCGUCAUUGUCUGGCUUGGAGAAGCUAUGGCAGAUGGUGACAAAGCACUAAAAACAAUCCACUACCUAGCAGAAGAUAAAAGCCUACAGGACAAAUCCUUAUUGGCUCAGAACUGGGACACAAGUGAAGCUGCAUGUUUAAGGUUAUUACAACGGGAAUGGUUCCAGCGUAUAUGGGUGCUCCAGGAGGUUGGUGUCGCACGAUGUAUUUCUAUCAUCUGUGGCUCUGUGGAAGUAAACGGACAUAUUUUCUGUGAAGGCCUCAGUAACUUGAGGCACUCUGUUAAACUCCCAAGGUCUAUUCUCCCAGUCCUGUCUCUUAUAAGGGGGGCGCUUUUCCGACCAAGCUAUGACAUUGAUUCACAUGGAACACUUGCUAUAGGCGAACUGCUUGAUAUGUACCGCAAUCACAAUGCUACUAAGCCGCACGACAAAGUAUACGCAUUGCUAGGCUUGAGUAAUGAAAAUGCUGAUAAAGCUGGUUUGAAACCAAACUAUCGCCUUCAAUGGAAUGAGGUCUUCAAGCAAGUCGCUAUGCAUAUAUUUCCAAGUUCAUGCUCUGUAGAGACAUGGCCUGGGGCACAAGUCGCUGUGAUCAAAGGAAAGGGGUGGAUUCUAGGUUAUGUUGAUUCUGUUGAAGAGGGUACUUCCAAGUAUGGCCAUCAACAGAUCAACGUCAUCUAUAAUGAUACUGCUCAUCAACUAGGUUGUCAAAGUAAAUGGGGCACCCAGUGGACUCUGCAAGCUUCUGCGGAGUCAAUUCAUGAAGGUAAUAUUAUUUGUCUUUUACAAGGAGCUUCAAGCCCUACCAUUCUCAAACUUUGCAACGACCGCUUCACUGUUAUUGUGAGUACGACAAAACUUCAGCCCCACAAAAACAUAGACAGGUCUGAUAUAGUUCCUGCUCAAAACGACUUUCCUGUACAGGGGUCCCUCAAUGACAUUUAUAUAACCUGGGAAAUACCCCUGGCUGAUAGGGAGAGCAACAGCAGACAGACAGAUCAAGGAGAGCUCAUAACUGUGGCGCCACGGUACCAAGAAGAGGCCUUCGAAAAGGCAAAAAGACUGCAUGAUAUAUCACUUAUCAUAGAUAAUAUUAUGAUACAGGUCCAGCAACGAAAACAUCCUACAGACCGAAUAAGAUAUCUACUUCUACAUCUUGGGGAGAGUCUACCAGUCUCUGAAGAUGUGGUCAAGGCAGCAGCAGCAAAUGAAGGAAAGCAUGGACAUAAGGUUAUGCAGCAGCUCCUCGAGCACUGUGGAAGGAGCCUACCUGUCUCUGAAGAUGUGAUCAAGACAGCAGCAGCAAAUGAAGGAAGACAUGGAGAAGAAAUCAUGCAGCAGCUUCUUGAGCACAGUGAAAAGAUACUACCAGUCUCUGAAGAUGUAGUCAAGGCAGCAGCUGCAAAUAAAGGAGAAUAUGGGCAUGAGAUCAUGCAGCAGCUUCUCCAGCGCUAUAGAGGGAGCCUACCACUCUCUGAAGAUAUGAUCAAGACAGCAGCAGCAAACGAAGGAGAAUAUGGGCAUGGGAUCAUACAUCAACUCCUCAUGCUCUAUAGAAGGGGCUAUAGAUGGGGUAGAAAGAGCCUGCUAGUCUCAGAAGAUGUGAUCAAGACAGCAGCAGCAAAUGAAGGAGAGUAUGGACAUCUGAUCAUACAGUAUCUCCUUGAGCACUGUGGAGAGAAAUCACCAGUCUCUGAAGAUGUGGCUAAGGCAGCAGCAGCAAAUGAAGGAAAGCAUAGACAUAAGAUUAUGCAGCAGCUUCUCAAGCACUAUGGAAAGAGCCUACCUGUCUCUAAAGAUGUGGUCAAGACAGCAGCGGCAAAUAAAGGAGAGUAUGGACAUAAGAUCAUGCAGCAGCUCCUCGAGCAGGAUUUUGGCAGGUACUCUCGGUGUAGUUCUGAAUGCCAGGCUGCAGGAGCUAUUGCUCAGUCGACUGCAGUAAGAAGGGAUGAUCCUCCGAUCGUGUCACAUCCGACAGGCGUCCCUCGCCUUCGUCAAGAGUACGAUUCACGUGACUGGCAUCGUCAUUGUCAUUCGGGGCUUUCGGAGGAAGAUAAAUCUGCAUUAGAAAUCCCAGAGACGGCUGAGUUGCUAACGAUGUGAAGUACUCUAUCAUUCACGCACCGCGGAGUGACCGAUAAUUGACGCCUCCCUGCAUCACCGUUAUUCUGCGCCCAGAAAAACAGAGUGUCUGGAUGGGGCAAAUCGUCAAUAUCCAUAUCAACGUCGCCCAUGUCGCUAAGGCCACUGAAAUUUUGGGUAAUAUCUAAAAGAUCACUGCUAAGCAAGGCCCCUCCAUAACAAAUUGGGGUAUACCCCGCACAUACCUUCGCC